CCGACAUCUGUGCAUUUCUGUGGUUUAAAUCUUCCUGGUGGCUUAUGCAUCAACGUAACUACUAUACGCACACUUGUCUAUAUAUUCUUUCUCCUCCGGCAAACAGUUUGAAUCUCAUCAGAGGAAGUUCAGAUCAGAGCUGCAACUUCAUCGAUUAUCCCGGCCCCUUCAUUAAUUCAAACUUCAUUGAAGAUGGUUCAUUCCAGGAAGUUCAGAGGUGUCCGGCAGCGCCAUUGGGGUUCUUGGGUUUCUGAAAUUCGCCACCCGCUAUUGAAGAGGAGGGUGUGGCUAGGCACAUUUGACACAGCGGAAGAGGCAGCAAGAGCAUAUGAUGAAGCAGCCAUUUUAAUGAGUGGAAGAAAUGCAAAAACCAAUUUCCCAAUAACCCCACAAGACUCCCAAGCCAAUCAGCCAAACAAUAAUAUUCAUCGCCCUGCAGACUCGUCGAUUCGUUCAUCACCAAAUCCCCUAUCAGAAAUCCUCCACGCAAAGCUUCGGAAAUGCAGCAAGGUGCCGUCGCCCUCCCUCACCUGCCUUCGCCUGGACAUCGAGAGCUCCCACAUCGGAGUGUGGCAGAAACGCGCCGGCCAGCCGUCGGACUCGAAAUGGGUCAUGACGGUGGAGCUCCAGAAGAACAACCGCGGGAGUGAUGGCGGAGAGGGAACGAAGAAGGCGGAGAGCGUCAGCGCGAGAGGAAUGGACGAAGAAGAAAGACUGGCACUUCAAAUGAUAGAUGAGCUUCUUCACAUAAACACUCCUACUCCUUCAUUUGAAGAUCAUUAUUGAA